CUGAUGACCCGAUCCCUACUUAAACGACGAUGCCUCCUCAGACGUUUGGCCAUUAGCUAGCGUUGUUCAUCGAUCUCAGCUCCCUCACUGCCAUGGAGGCAACUGGCUCAUUCACUCGCGUUAUCGCGUUGCUCGCGGCGGCAAGUCUCCUUUGGAAGGAAGCCGCGUGCUUCUCGGCGUCCGGUUUGAACAAGGCCUUCGCCACUUUCUAUGGCGGUAGCGACGCCUCAGGAACAAUGGGAGGCGCUUGCGGGUACGGGAACCUUUACUCGACGGGGUACGGCACGAACACAGCAGCGCUGAGUACGGCGCUGUUCAACGACGGCGCCUCGUGCGGGCAGUGCUACCGGAUCACGUGCGACUACCAGGCGGACCCGCGGUUCUGCAUAAUUGGCACGUCGGUGACCAUCACGGCCACCAACUUGUGCCCACCCAACUACGCCCUGCCGAACGACAACGGCGGCUGGUGCAACCCGCCCCGCCAACACUUCGACAUGGCCGAGCCCGCCUGGCUCAAGAUCGGCAUCUAUCGCGGCGGCAUCGUGCCGGUGAUCUACCAAAGGGUGCCAUGUGUGAAGCAAGGCGGGGUCAGGUUCACCAUCAACGGCCGCGACUACUUCGAGCUGGUGCUGAUCUCCAACGUCGGCGGCUGCGGGUCCAUCCAGUCGGUGUCGAUCAAGGGCUCGCGGACCGGGUGGAUGGCCAUGUCGAGAAACUGGGGCGUCAACUGGCAGUCCAACGCAUACCUCAACGGGCAGAGCCUGUCGUUCCAGCUCACCAGCAGCGACGGCCAGACCAAGACCUUCCUCAACGUUGCCCCGGCCAACUGGGGGUUCGGGCAGACGUUUGCAACCUCGCAACAGUUCUCUUAGGGUGUGUUUGAUUUUAUGCGCCAUUUGAUACAUGCAUGGAUGAUCCUGGAUGGUGAGAUUCAACAUAUUUGCUUGUACUAUAUGGUUCACUCUUAUUGGUAGAAUAAUGUAUCGAGUGGGAUGGUUUCCUCCUGGAUAGGUUGGUACAAUUCACCCAACCAAACAAAAUGAUCAUUAUUAUUUUGAACUA